UUUCUUCGGGACGCUGGCUAACGGUUUAGUCAUCAUAGUUUAUUAUCGCAACCGUCGUUUACGAACCCAUCAGACCACGAUAUUUUUGCUCCUCGCCAUCACAGAUUUUAGCAUCACGGCUUUUGUACAACCAAUGUACGUCGCCUUCGUUUGGAAAGGUCUGUCGGAGAACGUCACCUGUGUUUUGUCGGCACUUGUUGGCGUACUAUCCAUGUUGUUCUUGGAGCUCUCGUUGAUGACAAUUGUCAUUCUCAGUUCGCACACGUUCAUAACUCUAGCAUAUCCGUACCGUUUACAAAACGUCAUAACUAAGUCCCGCUUGACAAAAGUGAUUCUCCUAUCAUGGCUUCUUAUACUGCUAAAAAAUCUCAGUAUUUUCUUGGAUUUCAAAUUCAGCGCGGGAGCAUCGUUUUGGAUAAUAUGUUCGACAAUCGUCAUCGUGGUUUUCACCUGGUGUUGGACAUACAAACUUGUGUCUCGGCAUCGAAAGGCCAUUGAAACCACACAAGCCUCUUCAAACACGCAAAACCUUCCACGAAAAAAAAUCCUGAGAUCGACAAUAACCGCAUUUGCCAUUGUCGCAAGUCUCAUAGUCUGCUAUUCCUUGGCAGCAUCUUUUACGAUAUUCCGAAGUUAUUUAAACCAUUCGAAACUUGAUUAUGAUACGUACAAGAUUUUGUGGUCAGUGGCGUCAACAUUGAUGUAUUCAAACUCUCUGGUAAAUCCCUGCCUCGUUUUCUGGCGAAACAGUGGCUUCAGAGAGGCGACGGUGAAUAUUCUUAAUUAGACAAACAUGCAUGUGCAAGCAUUUUUUAAACUC